CAGGCCCAAAGGCCACUCGAAUUGGCCCGACCCGGAAAAGAGAAAACUGAUUCAGAUCGUGGAGAGGAGGAACACUGGAGGGAGGGAGGAUCAAAUAUUUCCGCAUUUCCAAUUCUGAUUAGUGGGUGGGGGGUAUCGCAUUUCCAUAGAUUCGAUCAUUCGAGUCCUCUCUAUAAGAAACACCUAGAACACAAAGCGUGUUACUAUUUUCGUCUUCUCGCAACCUCCUCCAAUCAUCGAAAAUGGCUGAAAAUGGUUCACUAGAUCAGUUCUUGGCUGCUGCCGUUGAUGCCGCUCAAAAAGCUGGACAGGUCUCUCUCUCUCUUUCUCUUUUUCUCUCCCUUGAGUUUGAUCGAUCGAGUGCUCAAAUCUGGAUCCUUUUGGUUUUGCGUUGUGCAGGUGAUUCGUAAAGGCUUUUACGAGACCAAACAUGUUGAACACAAAGGCCAGGUGGAUCUGGUGACUGAGACUGAUAAAGGAUGUGAAGAGCUCGUGUUUAACCAUCUCAAACAGCUUUUUCCCAGUCACAAGUUCAUUGGAGAAGAAACAACAGCUGCGAAUGGUGUGACUGAACUAACUGACGAACCAACUUGGAUCGUUGAUCCUCUUGAUGGAACUACAAACUUCGUUCACGGGUUCCCUUUUGUGUGUGUUUCCAUUGGCAUUACCAUUGGGAAAGUACCUGUGGUUGGCGUCGUCUAUAAUCCUAUCAUGGAUGAGCUAUUCACCGGUGUCCAAGGGAAAGGAGCCUUCUUGAAUGGAAAACCAAUCAAAGUGUCAACUCAGAGCGAACUUGUAACCGCUUUGCUCCUAGCAGAGGCGGGCACUAAAAGAGAUAAAGCUACAUUGGACGAUGCAACCAACAGGAUCAACAGUUUGUUAACCAAGGUGCGGUCCCUGAGGAUGGGAGGCUCGUGCGCACUUGACCUCUGCGGUGUCGCUUGUGGAAGGGGUGACAUCUUCUAUGAAAUUGGUUUUGGCGGUCCAUGGGACAUUGCCGCAGGAAUUGUGAUUGUCAGAGAAGCUGGUGGACUUAUUUUUGAUCCAUCUGGUAAAGAGUUGGACAUCACAUCGCAGAGAAUUGCGGCUUCAAACGCUUCACUCAAGGAGUUGUUCGUGGAGGCGUUGCGGCUUACAAAUGUGUGAAGUUUAUCUAUUCUUUGCUUAUGGUCACACCUCAUGAACUCAAUUCAAGAACCAUAUAUGCUUACUAGUGUGACAAAUUAAAGCAUUCCAUUUUAUAACUAUGUCAAAACCAACUGAGUUCUCUUUUGAGUUAAUAUUUCCCCUUUAUGAUCAUUCAAAAACUCGAUAUUUAUAAAGUUUUGGGUUUUUAUUA